AUGCGGGCAGCCAUCGCCUUCCUGCUGCUCUCUUCCUUGUCCUCGUCCUUAUCAGAGAACCAGAUUUCCUCCCUGAAAGAGAGCCAGGCCCGGGUGCUCCUGGUGCAGCCAGUCCAGAGUGAAGAGCAAUGCAGACAAGCUUGCGGAGACCAGGCCAGGGCAGGUCAUCUUUUCUGCAGUUUGUCCACAGAGGAACCAAGACAUUGCAUCGUCCUAGACUGUCCCCAGAUGCCUGUGUGCCAUCGUGCCAAACGUCAGGAUAUUCAAGAACUGGUCACAGAAUAUACGUCACCUCCUGAGAAAUGGAACAACUUCACCACCACAGAAACUUUGCUUACUCACACUACACCAGGGACAUCUCUAGCUCCUCCCAUAACAAGAGCAUCAGUCAGACCAACAGAGGUCCUCCCAAGAACUCCUCCUGUGGCGGUAACUAGGGGCAACCAUACGGAACUUGGAAAUGAGACUCGGCACAGUACCGAUAGGGGCAUUUCUGCAGCCCCAGACGACACCUCCUCUUUGGGCCCGGUUUUAUCAGCUACAACGGGCGGGUCUUCAGCCCUCACUGUGCCCCAGGUACAGGUAGCCAAUGAAGAGACAUCCACAGUGACAACGAUGAGGACCACACUGGCCCUGACUACAGAAGCUGGAACUGCCACCCUGCCAGCCACGCAUGACCCCAUGAUAAUAAAUGGCCCCGGCGACUCGAGGAACACCACGGCGACUAGUGGCUCUGCUAGCAGCCCUGCCAUCCAGGCUUUGCCCACACCUCCUGUGCCAUCGACUCCCGAAAUCCCAGUGACCACCCCAUCCCCAGUUCUCUUCAGCUCCACAAACUCAACAGAAGCUUUCAUGAGCACCCCGACCAUGUCUACCAGCACAAGGGCGGAGGCCCCCACCACACCAGAACCAGCGCCAUCCACCCCUCAGGCGGCAGACCCCACAUCAACACCAGCUGCUGUGCUGACCACAGCUGCCCAGGCUGCAGAGACUUCAGGCACUUCACAGACUACAGAAAGAGCUCUCUUCCAAACCAGCCCAAGUCCAGUGGCACCCAAAGUCACAACAGAAAACUCACCCACAAUGCCUGAGACAUCCACACAGACAGGCACGGAAAGCCAGUAUGAACGGAUUGCCACUUCCCCCCUCACCCAGUAUUUGGUCAAUAAAAACUUACUCUUGGCCAUGCUCUUAGCUGGCACCAUAUUUUUCAUCGCCAUCUUGGUUUUAUUGGCCAUGCAAGCCUAUGAGAGCUAUAAGAAAAAAGACUACACCCAAGUAGACUAUUUAAUCAAUGGAAUGUAUGCAGAUUCAGAAAUGUGAGGGGUGGAGACACACUAAGGGGUUUUAAUUUGUCUGAGGAAUGAUUCAAGUCUUUGGAACUAUUUCCUCUCUUUUUCAGUUUGCCUAUAAGACCAAACCAAGUGCUUCCAAAUUAUUUUGGUGCAAUUUAGGAGAAAUGCCAGCUACUUCAAGGGAUUUAAUUUUAUAUCUAAUUCCAUAUUACUAAGAAUUGCUGCUUGUUCAUUGUUAUUUUUAAAUCAUGUUGACCAAGGGCCAGGCCAGGCAGCAAUCAUUGAACGAGAUCGGGUGGUGCUUCCAGAAACCCUGUUGGUUGCUUCCUCUUGUUCUGUCAUUUUUAAUAUAGUGCUCAGAAUGCCAGCAACCAAGUUUGUGGGGUUUCUGACGGACUUUUUUUUUUUUCCUGAGCUUAAUUAUAUUUAUGUAAUAAUACAGUGUGCUGCCAACCUCCAUUGAAGUCAGAUCCUUUUGGAGAUGUAUAAUGAGUAAUAUGGUUUAUUUUUAUAAACUCCCAUUUAAUAAAACACAAGAUCCUGAAGAGGC